AUGACUGAGAUCCGGGAGGGUCUUUCGGAGAUAUCCCUGUCCUCGGGUAGUGAUAUAGAGAUUAACAAGAAGGGGGGCUCUAAACCGAAAGAAAGGGAAGCCCAUGUAGCGGCAGGAGAGGCUUUGAGAUCUGCCUGCCAGCUUGUGAUGGAUGAUCUAGUGCGGAGGGGACAGACACAGGUUCACGAUUCUAGCCCAGGUCUAGGUCAGCAGUCUCAUCAGACGGCUUGCUACCUUGAUGAUGAGGAAUAUGUCCUCCUCAAAGGUGUUAAAGAGCUCAGCCUUAUAGCUCUACGUCGCCUCGCAGGGUUAGCAGGGAGGAGGUGGCCCAAGUGGCAUCCUACUGAUGGACUCGGUGAUGAAGAGCUCUUCCAACGAGGUUACAUCUACCAUACUUGCUUGUCCCCAGCAGAGCAAGUUCUCACAUAUGAGGAGCCCAAGGCCCUCAGGGGUUUCGAGACCAUUGCCUGCUCUGUAGAGGUACCGCAGUUGGGCGGCGGCCCUCUGAUGCCUAACUUGCUGCAGUCAUUGGAUACUAAUGCCCUUCGUCGACUAGCGGCCACACUAGCUCUACCCAGUGCUGGUACCAAGGCAUCCCUCCUGAAGUCUAUUCGGACGGAGUUCAGUGGUCGUCAGCGGACCCUCCACCGAUCGGUCCUUGACAUGUCUAUGGUUCUGAAGGCCCUCAGGGAGUCUGCCUAUGUCCGACUCACAGUAGUGACAGUGGAGAUAUGCAGGCCCAUCGAGUGCUACCUUCCAAUUGGCCACCAUGCCCAAGCUCUCGUCCUGGCCCAGCAGUAA